AAGCCUCCGGCAGAGGGAUGGGAGGGCAGCCGUCAGCAGGCAGUGUGGCGGAGGCACCCCGCUGGACCUGCGCCGGCGCAGCCUAGUGCGCAGUGAUCGCUCGGUUGCCGAACGUACCACACGUACAAAUCGCUCUUAGCUACCAACGCAAAUAAAAACAAAAAAUAAAAUAAACCGACCUCAAGUGACCGUUUAGUGCGCCGAGCGGCCGACACGAACGAACCGACUUCGCGAAGACUUAACGCUUCAAAAUUAACCACUAACACACGAUUGAGCUUCUAUUAUUUAAAAAUUUAACUAAGUAAAGGUGUAAUUGAAUAGAUAGUGUAAAGUUUUUAAAUGUUAACGGCCGGUCUCGGGUAGAAGACGUCGCCUCGCUCUCAGUAUGUCCGACGGAGACGUUUCGUUGAUCCGCGACGAGGAUCUCCUGCGACGCAUGUGGCAGCAGACUCAAGACUUCUCUCGGAAGAAAGAGAUACGCGCGCACAUGUACCGGCUGCGUGAGGAGAGGCUGCGCAACCUCUACUCGCCGGAGCCCGCCUCCGACAAUAAAGGUUGUGAGUUCACGUCGUCGCAGGGCCAUGUGAAGUCCUUCGCGGACCAAAACUUCCAAUCCAUGAAGAGCAAGGAGGUGCGCGACGCGGGCUCCCCGCCCAAGGAGUUCGCGUAUCGUGGCCAAGAUCUGAAGGAGCUCUCGAACGCCGGUUGGAAUGUGGAGUCUGAGAACAAAACGACUGACGAUGGCCACACCCACAUCAAAACUGUUCAAGCGAAUAUUGAAGGCAAAUACGACGUAGAGGGUGGACAGGGACAGUUCGCAGCUGUCGAUCACCACAAGCAAGCCGUCACCCAGUACGACGACGGCAACACCAGCCUGAAGAGGAACGAGAGCUCGUCCAACACCGCCACUCACGAGCAAGUCGUGCGUCAAACAGACGACGGGUCUCAUUUUUCAAGCACCACCAGCUCCUCCACCUCUUCGUCCAAAUUCCAGGAAUUCUCUUCGACCACCAAUGACGCUGCGCCGUACAUUACUGACGAUUCGAAUGUAAAAGAACAAUUUUAUGAUAACAAACGUAACGAAGAAAUGACUACAAAAAGAAUUACUAGAACGAACGACUACGAUAGUAGUUUGAGAAACAAUAAUGAGCAAGGAGAACUAGUUUCGAGAAAAAUUGAAUAUCCUGAUGACAAUACAAAAGUAAUAGUGGAGACGAGAUGUCUUCCUGACGGUACCAGAGUAACGAGCACUCGCCGAGAGUUUCGAGCGCCUAUGGUCCAGAGCAGUCGUUCAGAGCGCCAUUCGCAGCAAAUGAAAAGCGAAAGUAAAUCGUCGACCUUUUCGUCUACGAAACGCUCAGAUUUAAAGGAGUCUUUGUCUAAAAACAUCUGUGAUACAUUUACCGAUCGUUCUGACGACAUUGUUGACAGUCAAAGACAUUUAGAUGACUAUGAUUUUAAAAGAAAUCAUGAAUAUGAUUAUUCUACAAAUAAAAAGAGUGAUUACGAAGAGAAAGUCCAACGCCGCAAUAAAGAACAAAGGAAUGAGAUUAAGGUGGAUGAAGUUAAUCGACGGGAAGUAAUAUCUUCAGAAGAUGACCAACAUAGUAGACGUAUUCAACAAGUUCGUAAAGUAGACGAUGUCAACGACGAUUUUCAACGCGACGUAAUAUCGUCUGACUACAACCACCUUGUCAGGCGCAAGGAAAUAAACAAGUUCGAUAACUUCGAUCAGCGUGAAUCAAUAUCCUCCGAAAAUGACCACCGUGUCAGACACCACGAGAUUAAAGAGUUUGAUAAUGUAGAUCGGCGCGAAGUUGUAACUUCGGCAGAUAACCAACAUGUUCGACGACAUGAAAUAAAAGAGUUUGAUGUAGUAGAUCGGCGUAAUAUUUUAUCAUCGGAAGAUAAACAAAAAAUUCGACGACAUGAGAAAACAAAGGAAGAAGACAUGAACGAAGUUAACCGCGAAAUAAAAUUAUCUACGGACAAUCAGAAUUUUAGACGACACGAUGUUAAAGAUGAAACCAUAUACAAACAAGAUAACAAAGAAAUUAUACAUGUUGUGAAAAAUGAUAAAAAAGUUGAAGAAACAGUUGAGCGUAAGACUAGUACAGAUUCCUAUCAAACUACGUAUCAAUCUGAUUACACCAAGAAAAAAAUUAGCACAGAUUACAGCCCUUCACAUCAAGCUUGGGCUAGCACUUUAAGAUCAGACACUCCAACCCGUCCGUCAACCAGAGCAUCUUCACCAGGAAGUAGAACUUUUGCAUCGAGCAAUUCUUCUCUAAGAAGUAGUGUCAGCCCAGACAAGACUUAUAGAAAGCCAACAAGUCGUGGAGGAAGUCCUGACAAGGCCUAUAGAAAACCAUCCAGCCGAGACGGUAGUCCUACAAAAUCCGAUAGAUUUUCUCCUAGUCGUAAUUCCUCAAGAUAUUCUAGUACUCACUCGACGCAUUCUUCUACAGAAAUCAAAACCAAUAGACGUACCGAUGACAUUCACCACCAUGCCACACCAAGUUCCAAAUCUCCUAACAGAUGCUAUAGCCCCGAAAAGAAAGUUGAAAAAGGUUACCACCCAAGAUCAAGCGUCAGUCCCGAAAAAACUCCUUCAUCAACAAGAUACCACACGAGUCCUGACUAUAAAAAUACUUCUCCUUCACGUGCUCCACAAAGCAAUUAUACUCCAACAAAACCAAGUUUUAGUCCUGAGCAAUCAAAGAAUACAGAAAUUUACUCCAAUACAUAUAACCGCAAAAUUUCGCCAGAUCGAUCAAAUGUUUCUAGACCUACGCCAAGACUAAGUCCAAGCCCUAAUCGGGAACCAAAGGAACAUAAGGACUCACCUACAAGAGAAACUUUAAGUCCUGAGAGAAAGACAAGUGGAGGACCAAAUCAAAAGAAAGGACAAAUAUAUGCUACGUCACCAAUUCGUGGUAGUUCUCCAGUUAAAGAUUCAACUAAUGUAAGGCGUAGUCCUACACCACAGUCACAUUAUGAUUAUCCCCCAUCGCCUGACGUCAAGAAACGCGAUAGAAGUCCUGACAAGAAAGAAAUAAAUAAAAAUACCAAUAAUAGAAUGUAUCCCGAUGAAAUACAAAACAAGACCUCUUAUGAUCAAUCUGAAUAUAAGAAAUCAUUUAAAGAUGAUUCAGAGUCUGAUUACAAUGUGAAACAAUCACCUGAUCAAAAAGAAUAUUAUAACAGACGUAGUGUUAGUCCAGAUAAAGAUAACAAUACAAGAUUUGAUACACCAGAACCGAAGAAAAAUCAGUAUCCAAAACGAAUUUCAAGUCCAGAAAGAAAACCUUAUAAUGAUAUUGAUCUUAAACAAAACCUUAUUAAAAGUACAGCGCUGUUAAAAGAAGAUCACUAUAAAUUAAUCGACGAAGAAACUAAAAUGUAUACUCCUAUUAAAGACCAAAAUAAAAAUCAUCCAUCUAUCCCGAAUGAACCAGAAACAACGCAAUAUGCACCAAAAACACCAGCGAGAUCGCCGUCUCCGAAUAAAACUUCGGUUACAUUUACAGAGAAUAACCUAACUCAAACACAUUACAAUAAAGACGACCAGUGUACUAAGCUGACAAGUGAAUAUAAUAAACGUGUAGAUAAGAAGAACACAUCGCGUAGAGAAUCUUCGCCGUCGAAGACUUACAACAAAACACAUGUUGAUCAGACAGAAAUAAAAACUGUCACCACUUCUGAUAAUUUUGAAGAAUCUAAUAAAGCUUUAGUCAGCCUGAAAUCCCCCUCAAAACAAUGUGAGCCUCCUACGAGAGAUACUAUUUCCCCAACUGAAAUUCUAAUGAAAGAAAAUAAAUAUAAACAGACUACUGAUUUCAUUGACGUUGAAAAAAUAUCAGAAGAGACAAACAAAAUUAAAACUAAUGUAGAAAAAGAGACGGUUACGAAGGGACGACCGCGUCAACUAAUAACUCCUUCCAGCAGUCCUACUAGAAAACCAAAAUCUUCUGAAGAAGAGCCAUCUACUGGUCAAAGUUCUCCCACUACUUCUGCUAGUGGAUUUGUGUAUUUUAGCUCUCCUCGUAGAGAAGAAGUCAUUGUUACGGACCUUGAUGAUAGUAUAACAUAUACGGAAUCAACAGCAGUGCUUACAGAUGAUGUCAAUAAGAGGGUUGAGGUAACGAGACCUACUUCGCCUUCUAAAAUACCUUGUAGAUCUCCGUCUCCGCAGAAAAUUUCAUCUCCUAACAAAAGUAAUCUUCCCAGAAAAAGUUCUUUGAAAAAACCUCCCACUGAAAAGAUUCACACAUCUCCAACAGAACAACCGCCUACUAGUUUCCGAGUGUCUCCGACAAACGAAAAAAAUGAUUUCCCUGAUCGGAAAAUACAACAGGAAAAGGAUCAAUCACAAAAAUCAGAUCAUACUCCAGUAAAGCCUAAACCGCCACUGGAGCGUCGUGAAACUUACGAAGAACGUUGUCGUAAGAUACUUGGAAUGAUGGAAGACAAUUCUUCGAAGAGUUCUACGCAAGAAACUAAAUCAACCACAGUUUCGAAAACUUCCAAUCUCACCUCUCCUAGUGUGUCUCCUUGUACCAGUCCAGAACCAGGCCAAAAUUCUUUAAUUUUGGAAUCUAAGAAUUAUAAUCAAACAAAAGAAGAAAAUAUUACUGUAAGUGACUUUUUGAAAAAAGAAAGAGAAGAGUCAACGAAAACUGUCGUUACAAACCAAGUUUUGAUUCAGGACACACCGAUAAAUAGGAAGAAAACAUUGUCCAAUCUAGAAGAUGAUAAGAACACCGACGAAACAUCAGUGGUAUUUGAUCAACAAGUUACGUCUCCCGGCGAUGUAUCGACAACAAAUUCGCAGUCAAAAUCUCCUUUAUCGAGGGAUUCAUCCCCGUCAAAGAAAAUAGAGAUAGAUACAACAAAUAAAACUCAUAUAAGAGAUUCAUCGCCUACUAAGAAAACAAACUUCGACAAGCUUCAAAAAUUACCUUCAAGAGAUACGUCACCUGUCAAGAAGAUAGAUACAGAUAAACCACAAAAAGUUAAAGAUUCAUCGCCUACAAAGAAACUUGACGCUACUAAGACACAAGAAAUGCCUGCAAGCGAGUCCUCGCUUAAACAACCUGAUGCAGAUAAAGUACAGAAACCACCAAGAAGAGAUUCAUCGGUGGUUAAAACAACAGUAAUUGAAAAAACAUUAGUACGUGACUCUUCACCUCAAAAGAAACCUGAAACUGAAAAAUUACCAUUCAGGGACGUUUCACCCACAAAGAAGAGUGGAACAGAUAAAUUACCAACAAGGGAUUCGUCACCUACAAAGAAGUCUGAGUCAGAUAAAUUAUCAACAAGGGACUCAUCACCUGCAAAGAAGCCUGGAACAGAUAAAUUACCAAAAAGGGACUCUUCGCCUACAAAAAAGCCCGAAAUAUAUAAAUUACCAUCAAGGGACUCUUCACCUACAAAGAAGCCUGAAACAGAUAAAUUACCAUCAAGGGACUCUUCACCUACAAAGAAAUCACUCUCAGGAAAAUCUCAAAAUACAAUACAUGAAUCUCAUCCAACAAGGAAAAAUGAAAAAGACCUACCCCAAAGAGUACCCUCUAGAGACCCUUCGCCAACAAAAUUGCGUGACAUAAUUUCAAAUACAGAACAUCAAGCUGUUACGCAAUCAGAGCAUAUAACAACAAAUACUAAUGUACAGAAUAAAAAACACGAAGAAAUCGUUACUAAACGUACAUCACCGCAUCAAAGUCCUGAAAGAAAACACAAAAUCCCCGAUGAAAGAUCCAGAACGAAUUUAGAACAUCCUAACACGCCUGCAUCAAAGAUACCUGAAAGAAAGCCGGGAACAGAUCGUUCUGUAUCUCAACAUACUGCAGAUUCGAUUGUAAGACACGGGUUGAGAACUUCUUAUAAACCUGACACAGGCUCAGAAUCCAAACCUGUGGGACAACGAACAGGACAUAAAUCUCCUGUUAAUCAACCACAAGACCAAGUUUCAAGUAAACACGGAAGACCUCACAGUCCGGAAAAAAAAGUAGCUCCAAAAUCGAAUAUACAGAGAAAAGAAACUAAACCAAACAUUUCUGAUAAACCGAGGAAAGUAACACAGUCUGUUGAAAAGCCAGAAAAUCAAUUUUCGACUUAUCCUAAUGAAAAGGCCUCUGAGGAUCACACAACAUCUGACUAUACUAGUCAAUUUAUAUCAUCAGAAAGAGAGCAAGAAGUUUUAGAUCGAGUACAAAAGUCUCUGAGAAAAUUAUCACCGGAUAGAAAAGAAAAAGUACCAAGCCGUGAAAAAAGUCCAGAGAAGGCGACCAUUUGCUUACGGGACUUAGAUGUUGUAACAGAUUAUGUCGAGGAAAGUGAAACACUUGAUGCAAACGAAAUCACUGAAACUGUACAAAAACGUGUAAUAUCUGUAAGACAUGAUAAAACCCAUACAGAGAGACCUAAAGUUGAUAAAACAAAAGAACAAAAAGAAUCCAGUAAACCUUCAUCUAGAAAUGUUUCGCCUACUAAGAAAGUUACAAACGUGUACAGUCCGAGACCAGAUACUCCUGAAAGUAAACCUAGAAGUACAUCUCCUAAAAAACCUUUUACUUCAACAGAGAGACCCAAAUCUCCACAAGUGCAGAAAAUUGGAAUUAAACCUAAAGAACAUGCACCUUCUCAACUAAUUCGAAAACCUUCACCAACUAAACUUGAUAAAACUGUAACAAGCGAAAUUAAAAAGUCAACGGCUGUAAUAAAACAGAAUAGUUUCAGCAAAACUUCAACUACGAAGACAUCGUCUACUAAAGUCAGUGCUGUCAAGACCUCUGAUACGGAAAUUAGAAAAACACCAACUUCAAAGAUCCCCAACAAAGAUGUGGGUCCUAAAAAAGAAUCCGAUUUGAAAGUUACCCGAACAAGCAGUGAUAUCACACUUAAAUCCAAAAAGUCACUAUCGCCGCAAAAGGUUAAGUCUAAACCAGAAAUACAUGUCAACGAUAUUUCAACUUCAAAGAUUAAUAGAUUAUCAAGUGUUGCUAAGAACGUUAAAUCAAUAACUAAAGAGUCACAGUCUAAACUUCCAAGUAAACCCAAGUCCGCCACUUCUUUAAAUACAUCCGUUGACGAAGAUGAUGUCAUUAUUGACGUUCAGCAAGCGAAGUCUUCCAGGGAAAAUUCACCAGAUCGUAUUUGUCCUACUCCAGUCAAUUUCUCCGAAGAUGUCGGUAUUCCUAGAUUCCCGGAUGAAGUUAAUGAACCGGACGAUGAUUUGAACAAGAGAUCGCAUCACACUAUUCACGAAGCUGAGUCUAUUGUAGAUGACAUAGUUGAGAUAUGUGAAGAUGAUGAAUUGUUUGUAAAAAGAAAUAACCAAAGCAGUUUAAUAGAGUCGGACGAAUGUUUGCUCACAGUUACUGACAAAGUUUCUAGAUUCACCAAUAAACUCCAGACUGUAAACAAACCUAAAGAAAGUUCUCAGCGUUUUAAAGCAACCGAAAACAGGCUACAUUCCGAUGUUGUUGAGGAAAAUCUUACUACAGACGAAUGUUUGCUUUCAGUUUCUGAAAAGGUAAAUAAGUUUGCCAAGGGUCCAAGAGAUACAAAGGUCAGUAGAAGCCCAUCACGAAACAUAAAAGAUGAGUACGACAGGGAGACUGUUUAUCAAGAUAAUUACACUAAACUUAGCGUUAAUGAUAAAGCUCAUUUAUUCGUUGAAACAGCUGAGAAUAUAAAAGUUUCCAAACCAAAAACAAGUCACAAAAUAGAACGUCCAGAUUUAAGCGAUGUCGACGAAUCUUUAAAAAGUGAUGACUGUUUGCUUAGCGUUUCUGACAAAGUAAAUAAGUUUGUUAAAACAGCUGAACAAUUCUUGUGCGAAUCAUACGAGGUAGAGGAAAAAGAAAAGAAAAUUAAAGAAAAGCACGACAAAAUUAUGAGAAAAAUUAUAGAAAAUGUCGAUUACGAGUCGGAUGACGAUUAUAAAGUUGAGGAAACUCAUGAAGAAAUACAUAAAAAAGAAUUAGAGACUCGAGACGAGUCUAUAAAGAAAUCGUUGCUGGCUCAGAAGACAACGAGAGAAAGCUCCGUUCAGUCUAACAAGCCAACUGAAAAGGUUCCUCUAAAAAUCACACCUGUACGCAGCAGUGACGCCGUUAAAAAAGCAAAAGCUUUGUUCGAAAAUAUUGCAACAAAAAAGCAAAUAACUAAAGACGUAACUCACACAAAGGUAACUAAACGACCGGAUACUAAACAGUUUCCCAAAGCUAAUCCAACUGUUGCGAAGGCUAUAGAUGAAAAACCUAUUAAAGUAGAUCACGUUGAUAACAAAGAUGACGAAGUGACCUAUACGUCUGAUGUUGGAAGUCCGUGUACUCUUCAGCAAUUUGAACCUAAACCGACUGUAGAAACACAACGCCGAACUCCUGCGCGAACACAGUCUCCAGAUAUUGCAAGGAAUAAAUCACCAGCGCAGCAAGGAGUUGAAACAAAAACAACUACAACUGUCACAAAACAGACCACAGCUUCCAGAUCAGAGAGAUCUGAAUCACCUCAACAGAAGCGCGAUCACGAUGUUAAUGAAAAAUUGCAUGACAAAAUUCCUGGAUACUUGCGCCCAACAAAAACGAGCCAACUUAAAGAGGAACCAAAAGUAACAGAAGAACCUGAAGUUAGCAGUCGACGAGGAAGCGGAAAGUUUGGUGUUGAGCUCCGGCGGACGAGUAUCGAAAGGUCCUCUAUGACCAGCGAGCAUCGUCGCAGCAGCGUCGAGCACCACCAGCCGUGCAUUGAAGAUAUUUAUGAUAUUGAACUUCUAGAGCAAAUGUUGGAAAAGGUCGUUGGCUACGAACAGAGGCGUCGCAUUCGGGCGCAAAUUCGCAUUGCUAAGAAACAUCAAGAGAACGAUACCGUGACCACAAGAAUAACAAAGGAGACCGUGACGACGGUCAAGAAAGCGCCGUCACAGGAACGCCAUUCGAGAUCACACACGCCUGAGUACCAUUCGAGAUCUACUCCACAAAAGUCACCAGAGAGGGAACCUAAAUCGUACUUCAGAAUGCAAUCUCCCGGAAAACAGCCCUCGGCGGAUAGAGAACCAUCUCCUGAACUCAAAACAAAGCUUCAAAGAAACGUUCUCAAAUCUCCGUCGCCUGAAAGACACUCCCCAAUCAGGCAAGCCGAACAUAUUUCGCCUGAACCGACAAAACCUAAAGAACAGCAAAGUCCAUUACCCAAUGGUCACGCUAAGAUAAAUAACAAUGUCGCAGACAACAAAAGACCACAAAGUCCAUCGAAACUGUCUCAAAAGUCAAAACCUAUAUCUAAAAGUCCGAUGCGUCCUGGAAGUCCCGAUAAAAAGGGCAGGCCUGGGUCUCCUACGAAAACAGCAACGCCGAAACCAAAAUCCAAUCGUUUCAGCGAGUAUGCUACGGCAUAUAUGAAAAAGAUCGGUCUAAAAUCUGAAGAAGUGAAGACUUCAUCGCCGAAACCUAAAAAAAUACCUGCACAAGCUACUGUGACUGUCGUAAAGGAAGAACAAACUGUAAAAAGACAAGAGCGACCUAACCUUGUACAUGUCAUAGAUGAGCAGGAUACUGUGGAGACCAAACAUUCCUCGACAAUUAUAACAAAGAAUGUAACAGAACGUACAUCGUCGAAAGAUGUCAUUGAGAUUGUGCAGCUGAAUGGAAAGAGGUCCGCCUCGCCCGAGAAGAGUCCGAGUCCCGCACGUAGACCUAAGAGUCCAGAAAAGUCUCGAAGCCGAAGCCCAGAGUUGCAAAAGCCAAACGCUGAGCCGGUGCAACGAGAACCGCAAAUAGAAAAGAAAAAAGAAACCACCGGCAAAGCGGUAAAUGAUAUCGAGAAGAAGAUUUCUUCCAAACCGCAACAGGAAGAGAAACCCUCCUGGGUGACAAACAGGAAUCUCAAGAAAGUCACCUCAUCCGUGCGCACGUACAGUACCAAGAAGGCGGAGAAUGAGAAGCCGAAGUAUCGUUCCGCAAGCCCAUCUAAAGUGAUCUCCAAACCGAUCGAUGUGAUUACAUCCAGCUACGGGCCCGGACCACUCGACGCGGACGGCAGACCGCUGUUUGGUAUCAAAGCGCUGAAGAAAGGGGCCACAAACUAUCAAGUCAAAGGUACCGUGAUUCGUCAAGAGUAUCAUUCCAAGAAUGGAGGCGAGCCGGUAGGCACGGUGUCUGUCACUGCGUACUCCACCGAACCGGAAGACCUAGAGAAGCUGCUGCACCAGCAGGGCGAACGGCCUUCCAAGUUACACGGCCUCGCCGCCAUCACCACCACCAAGAAAUUUGGUGGUGACAGCGGCACGACUUACAGCGAGAUACAUACUAAGGAGGAUCGCGCCGCACUCGAACACUUCACACACAACGACAGGCGCGUCAGUGAGGCCACCACCGACCGCUCCUCGGAGACCCGGUACGUAGAGGAUGUCAACGAAAGGAAACACAGCAUCACCGACAAGGAAGAUAGAUAUAACACAGAACGCCGACACGUGACACGACAGGACACAGACAACGAAUAUAACGUAGAAGUAACAAGAUUGGAAGAAACAGACAGCACACAAAGGUACAACCAGAAAGAAAUCUCAGAAACAUACGUGAUGGAGAGUAAAAGAGAGGAUAAUCGCAGGCAAAAGGAAACUGUAGACGAUGGGUAUUCUGUCGAAAUUACGAGAGAAGAAAGUUUUGGAAGUCGCCGAACUAGUCACGGGGACAAGAAAGAUGGAAGAUUGCGGGAGGAGAGAGUGGAUAGAAUUGAAAACGUGCAAAGAAUGGAACCGCGAAGCAAGGAUACUGGCAGGAGUGAGAGACGAGUCGAGAAUAAGAAGACUGUUCUUCGCCAGGGCUCCGUCAAAUCUCUUACGGAGAAAUUCAUCAAGAAUGCAAGUGAGAGCAGUAAGAACGAGCGAGCGUCGUAUCCCAAGGCUGGGCUCAUCCUGCGCAGCACAAGUAUCAAGGACACUGGCUCCAACGACACCACGCACGCUGAACUGCACCGCACCGACAGCGAGCAGAGUCUGGGUUCUGCAGAGGAGAGCGUGGUGACCACCACCAGCAGCAGCCGGCAGGAGCACGGCGACGGUAUGACCACCACCACUACCACGACGACACGCAGCCGCGCACGUCAUGAGCGCUCCUUCCUAGAUAGCGACACUAAGGUCACCGGCGUACAGGACAUACUGACCAGGAUGAAAAAUGCUGACAUAGUGGUGGAGGACACCGACUGCGGCGAGGACGCGGAGGCGCGCGCGCUUCUCAACAAGUUCCUGGGCGCCAGCGUGCUGAUGGCCGGCAUGCAAGGCUACGUCACAGAGAGCGCCGGGGGCAAGGUCAUCGUCAAACAGGAGACAGUGCAGCGGUGCGACGACGGCGACGGUGAGGUGACCAGCAGGAGUAGCAGGGUGCAGCACCUCGACCUCGACCAGUGCUGGGACGAGCGCGAGCUGCGCCAGCUUCUGGAGGAGUGCAGCGACUACGAGCAGCGACGUCGUCUGCGCGCACGCAUCCGCACACUCAUGGCCGAGCAGGAAGCAUGCACGAGUGCAGUGACGGAGGCGCUGGCGGCCGCAGAAGUGAGCGAGAUCGCUGGCGAGGCAGACGGCGAGUCCCGCGAGGAGGAGGAGGUAACGACGGUGACAUCCAGCGUGAGGAGGAACUCCACAGAGAAGACCGUUAGCACCAGCACCACCAUCAAAAAUUCCAAAGUGAUCGAGAGCAUGACGCGCGCGGCUCCAAAGCCCGUCUCGCCGUUCGCCAAGUUCCGGCAGCUCGAGAAACAAAACACCAUCAAUUCCCCCAACGCGCCCGCGAGCCCGCAGAGCCCGGGCUCUCCGUCGCAGCCCUACUUCAAGUUCACCGAUCCCGCGCUGCAAGCCAGCGCCGUCACUAUAAAAGAACGGCUGCUGCACUGGUGUCGCGACAAGACCCGGGACUACGAGAAUGUGAAGCUAGAGAACUUCUCGACGAGCUGGGCGGACGGGCUGGCAUUCUGCGCGCUGGUGCACCGCUUCGUGCCCGACGCCUUCGACUACCGCGCCCUCUCGCCCGACAAGCGCCGGCACAACUUCACGCUCGCCUUCAAAAUUGCCGAAGAGAAGGCGGGCAUCUACCCCCUGCUGGACGUGGACGAUAUGGUGGCGAUGCGCAAGCCGGACUGGAAAUGCGUCUUCACCUACGUGCAGUCCAUCUACCGCCGCUUCAAGGACGAGAACUAGUCCGCGCCCCGCCGCCGCUCCGCCCGCUCCGUGCCAGUCGCAUCGCGGGCAGAGUGGCGGCCGGACGUCACUCGGUAGUCGAAUGCUGCGGUCGCGCGAAGCGUUACAAUCGUUUCGAUAUAUUUAUUCUUCCAAAGAACAUUUGUUAAAUUGUUUGUUGCUAUAUGUCAGAUAUUUAUCGGCCAGCGAGCCGCCCGACUCGCCGUUUCUCCAAGCGCUGUCUCGUGAACGGUCCUCCUAUUUAUUCUAAUCUCAAGAUGUAUGUGAUUUCUUUAUAAAUUAGCGUGUAAGUUAACUAACAGAUAUCUCGAGCGAUGUUAAUCUAGGUCAUGCGUAGUAUUGUAGUUCUUUUAUAAGUUGUAUUUUGGUGAGAAUAUCCGACCGCUGGGAGCGGGAUCGCCUUCACUUAUUUCUCUACAUAAGCGAGAUGUAUCCCGCCUCGCUGCAGCGCAUCGCGCUUACCUUUACUAUAUUUUUAACAUUAAUUUAAUUGUUUAUUCUUUUUUUAUUUGACAUUAAUAAUAUCGGCUUGUAAUAAUUGCCUACUGACUAUUAUAUAAAUCUGACAACUAUUGUAUUAUUAUAAUUUAUAUUAUUAGA